GUCUUCUCCACUAUUCUUCAGACAAACAAACAAACAAACAGCAGAGAAAAACCAGAAGCUUAUCUUUCAAACAAGAACAGAAGAGGAAGAGGAAGAAGAAUGAAGUUCGGGAAAGAGUUCUCGUCGCAGAUGGUGCCUGAAUGGCAUGAAACCUACAUGGAUUACAAUUACCUCAAAACCCUUUUAAAAGACAUCAUCAACUUCAAACACAAAAAGAACCCUCACCACGGUCACGGCCACCAUCCCCACCGGAAGUUCACACUCUACCGAACAUUCAGCGGUUUACUCUCAAAGUCUAGACUAAAGAGACACCACCACGGACACGUACAUGGACACGGUGGUGGUCAUUUUUCAGAUUCAGACGACGACAUCGAGGAAGGACUGAAGUCAGCUCCGAUUCUGGUUCACUCGGCGAGUCACGGAUACGAGACGACGUUUCUCAUGACGGCCGAGGAAGGAGGAGAGUACGAGAUGGUGUUUUUCCGGCGGCUAGACGACGAGUUCAACAAAGUGGAGAGAUUCUAUAAAGAGAAAGUUGAAGAAGUGAUGAAAGAAGCUGUGAUGCUCAACAAGCAGAUGGAUGCUUUAAUAGCUUUUCGGGUUAAAGUGGAGCAUCCUGAUGGUUGGCCUUGGGAAGAACGGACGGUGGAGAUGACUCAGUUAGCUUCUGAUGUCGAGAAUUUCGCGGCGGCCGUCGCAGCUUCUACUCCCGCCGGAGCUAGAUCCAUGAAACUUGGAGGUCAAGCUCACAUGGAGGCAAUACAGGAAGGAGGUUCUAGCAAAGCUGGUAAGUCUGACGAAGAAGACGAUGAAGAUGAUGUGGAGAAAGAAGAAGAAGAUAAAGUCGUUUCUGACUCGGUGGCCGGUGACAUAAGUAGGUUAAAAGCUGCGAGGCCAUCUCCAAUAGAGGUUCUUGAUCGCGUCAAGAUGAACCAUACGAAGGAAACGCCACGGUCCACCAUUAAAAGCGUUCUACAGGUCUCGAAUACAGAGCUUAAAUUCAGCAGAGAUAAUCUGAGGAGAGUGGAAGAGAAGCUCAGACGCGCUUUCGUCGAGUUCUACCAGAAGCUUAGGCUGCUCAAGAGCUACAGCUUCUUGAAUGUGUUGGCGUUUUCGAAGAUAUUGAAGAAGUACGAUAAGAUAACUUCGAGGCAUGCUACACAGUCUUACAUGAAGAUGGUUGAUAACUCUCACUUUGGAAGCUCUGAUGAUGUAAAUAGACUCAUAGAGCGUGUUGAAGCUACCUUCAUAAAGCAUUUCACCAAUGCCAACAGAACAAAGGGAAUGAACAUCUUGAGACCUAAACCUAAAAGAGAGAGACAUCGUAUUACAUUCUCCACAGGCUUCUUGGGUGGAUGUGUGUUUUCUCUAGUAGUGGCUCUAUUCGCCAUCAUACGCACCCGGAACAUUCUGCAAGAAGAAGGCCAAAAACAGUACAUGGACAUCAUGUUCCCUCUUUACAGCUUGUUUGGGUUCAUUGUGCUACACAUACUAAUGUAUGCUGGUAACAUUUACUAUUGGAGGCGGUAUCGAGUGAACUACUCUUUCAUAUUUGGGUUCAAGCAAGGAUCUGAGCUUGGCUAUAGACAAGUUCUACUUGUUGGUUUCAGCAUUGGAGUUUUGGCUCUUCUUUGUGUUAUUGCCAAUCUUGACAUGGAGGUUGACCCUGAAACUCAAGAAUACACACUAUUCACCGAGCUUCUUCCCCUUCUCCUGCUCAUUGUUAUGUUUAUAGUUCUAGUCUUACCAUUCAACUUCUUCUACCGCUCGAGUCGCCUGUUCUUCCUCACAUGCCUCUUUCACUGCCUUGCUGCUCCACUUUACAAGGUAACAUUACCUGACUUCUUGUUGGGAGAUCAGUUAACUAGCCAGGUGCAAGCUCUUAGAAGCGUCCAGUUUUACAUAUGUCACUACGGCUGGGGAGAUUUCAGACAUAGAACAAACACAUGCACAGACUCAGAUGCCUUCAAUGCUUUCUUAUUCAUUGUUGCUGCCUUCCCUUAUGUAUGUCGUCUCCUUCAGUGCUUGAGACGGCUAUUUGAAGAGAACAACGCAGAACAAGGAUACAAUGGUCUCAAGUACUUCUUGACUAUAAUGGCGGUCUGCUUGAGGACAGCUUACAGUGUUGUCGACGAGGAACAUAAGUUUGUCUGGAGAAUGUUAGCUGGGGUUGUCUCAGCUAUUGCUGCCAUUUUCUGUACUUACUGGGACUUGGUGUUAGAUUGGGGUCUUCUGAACAGGACUUCUAAGAACCGUUGGCUCAGAGACAAACUCCUUAUCCCGCAGAAGAAAGUAUACUUCAUCGCAAUGAUAUUGAACAUCUUGCUUAGAUUUGCGUGGCUGCAGACGGUGCUGGAUUUCAACUUCUCAUUUAUGCACAGGAACACUAUGGUUGCAGUUGUAGCCAGUUUAGAGAUUAUCCGACGUGGGAUAUGGAACUUUUUCAGGUUAGAGAACGAGCAUUUGAACAAUGUGGGGAAGUAUAGAGCAUUCAAGACGGUUCCAUUACCGUUUAACUAUGACGAGGAUGACGACAAAGACAACUAGUUAGUUCCAUCUCCUUGUCUUAGAUUAUGUAAAGGCAGAUUUCAGUUUUGAGUUCUCUACUAAUAAUAACACAUGUUUUUUUGAGGGGAAGAAGGUAGAUAAUCUGCUAAGCAAUAUAUUCUGUAUUUCCCGUUUUGAGUUCUCUAAUAUAACAAGUUUCUCUUUUAAAA